AUAUUUUGUAAAUACUGUGCUGAGCCAAAUGCAGUGAAAUUUCAUUUUGUAUACUCUUGUGUGUACCUGAAUGAUAACAUCUGUCUAUGGCUACAUAUUGCAAUUCUGAAUCUGAAUCAAGUUUAUUGGCAAGAUUUUGUGACAAUCAAAAACAACUAAAUUGCCAUGCUAUGGACAUACAUAUCGCAUAUGUCCAAAACCCACUUGACCCACUCUUUAAUAAUAAUAAUUAUUAUGAUUAUGAUUAGGGAUGCACAAAUGCCACUAGUUCUGAAAAAGUAUAAGACUCAAACGUUCUUGAACAUGCCAUCAAUUUCACACACUAUAACAGAAGUGUAACAACUUUUUAUUCUUGUCAUUUCAACAUCCAACUUCAUGUUUUUCUAAUGGUGAAGUGAUAAUCGGUUUUCGUACGACUGCAUGCAGUAUGAGAACUACUGAUAUCAUUCAUGCAUUCAUAAUAAUACCUACAAUUAAUAAAUAUUUUCAUAAUUGCUUUUAUUGAAAAGCGUCAGUCAUUAAGUAUCGCGUGUACGGUUUUGAAUGUGUUCUUACUUUUCCUAAGGCGUUUAAAAAGCAUGCAAAUGAUGAAGGCAAACGACCCGCAAGGCAAGGCAAGGCAAGGCAGACAGGUCUGCUUUGUGUUGUGUUCAGGCUUCAUGUUAUCAGAGGACUUGUGAGUGUCCUGACAUAUAUGGAUGAAGCCUGCCUCAGAAUCAACUCCGAAAAUAAUCCGAGCGACCACAGUUGAUCCCCCCCAUCCCACCCACGCCUGCCUCCGUGCCUUUAUGCCUCCCCACGGCCGUGUUCGCUCGUCCGGCUGUGUGUGUGACAACUCAGCUGUCACCACGCGGCGCCCAGCCAUGGUGACCAAAUUCAGCUAUUACCAAUAUUUAGCACAGUUUCAUCACGGACGAACGAAGUCAUCGAUUGACAGUAAUGGUGAUGAUAAUGAGGUAACGUCGAGACAGCGAGGAGACGGCGGGGUAAUCAACGUGACGUCACACGCCGUGGAUGUUGACCCAGUGGUCCUGGCCAUCCGUGGGGGUGAUGUGGAAGUUGUUAAGAAGGUGGCAGAAUCUUCUCCUCACAGUCUGCUGAGGGAGAACAAAGAUGGCUGGAUCCCUUUGCAUCAUGCAGCCUUCAAUGGCCAGCAUGACUGCCUGAGGACCUUAUUGAAAGCACAUCCAGGUUCUGCAGACAAACGCACCUUGCAGGAACAGACUGGCUUGCUGCUUGCUGUGUCUUCUGAACAUUUGUCGUGUGUGAAGUGUCUUCUGGAGUCCGGAGCUGAUCCUGACAUCAGUAGCAAGAACAAAGCAACCCCUUUGUACACAGCCUGCAGGUUGGACAACAUGGACAUGGUGAGCCUCAUCCUCUCUUUCGGCGCCUCCGUUAACCAGCGGUGUGCUCAGGGAUGGACUGCCCUUCACGAGGCUGUGUCCAGGAACAACAUUGCAACAUGUGACAUUCUCGUUGGAGCCGGGGCCACUAUCAACCCCUCCAACACGUACAGCAUCACACCGCUCAUUGUUGCAGCUCAAAUGGGAUGCUUGGAAGCACUGCAAUACCUCAUUGGAAAAGGUGCCGACGUGAACAUGCAGACUUGUGACGGUGUCACAGCACUGCAUGAAGCCAGUAAAAAUGGCCACAAGGAAAUUGUGGCAGUGUUGUUGUCCAAAAAUGCAGACGCAAAUAAGAUGGCGACCUCAGGGCUACUCCCACUGCAUGUUGCAGCUCAACAUGGACACCAAGAGGUGGUAUCCCUGCUUGUCCCUGUGACGAGUCGUACCAGGCUUCGGCACAGCGCCAUCAGCCCUCUGCACCUGGCGGCCGAGCACGACAGGCCGCAAGUGGCAGCUGCGCUACUCAAGGCAGGCGUGGACGUCAACGCCACGCUGGCCCCCGCUCGCUCAGCACGCUAUGCCGACAGACGUGCGACGGCCCUCUGCUUCGCCGUCGCCAACGGCUGCGCCGAGACAGCCAAGGUCCUCUUGAACGCCGGCGCCAACACGGGCCUGGACCCCGUCAGUCCUCUGCUGCUGGCCGUGCAGAGGGGCAGCACAGACAUAGUGUCGCUGCUAUUGCAGAGUGGAGCUGACGUCAAUGCCAAAAUCCCAUCUUGGGCCACGACUUUCCCUGCGGUUGUCACGCUCUGCGUGGAUAAUCUGCCUCUACUCAAGUGUCUUCUGGAUAACGGCUGUGAUGCCCUUUCCUGCUUCUCCUGCCCAUAUGGCAGAGGAUCUCAUCCAGAACAAUCCCACAUGAGAAAUAUUGGCACCGUACCUCCCUUAAACUGCAGUGGACCAGCACAUGAAGCAACACAGUUCUGUCAAUGGAUUUCGACGCCGCCAGUGAGCCAAUGGGCUGGACCCAUCGUCGACUUGCUGCUGGAGCACGUCGCUCAUGUUCAGCUGUGUGGCAAACUCACUCAACUCCUAGAGAGCCGCUGCGAAUGGGCUGCUGUCAAGAGAAAGUCGUUGUCACCUCGUCCACUGCGUCAUCUUUGCAGACUGAGUGUUCGCAGCCGAGUGGGCCCCCAGAGACUGCGAUCUAUCUCAAGUUUACCUCUACCUGCAAGACUGAUCACAUACCUCAGCGUGAUGGACUGAUGAUGUUAAGAUGACCUCGCUUGGCAUCUCAGCUAUUAAGUACAUUUAUAUUUGUCUGUCUUUUUCUUUUUUUUUUUUUUUUUUUAAACCUAAUAUAUCUCAUCUGUACGAUAUGUCUAUUUAUAAACUCUGUGAUGUGACUUUCUCUCCUUUCUGAUUUAUUAUUAUUAUUUUAAUUUCACAGGAACCCUCAGUGAAGGAUAAAAAUACUCUUAAGCCCACGGGACUACUUGUGGGAACAGUUUUUU